GUUUUGAACAAAUUAUAUUUCUAGGGUAUCGAGUAUGUUUUUGGAAUAAUGGGACAUCCUGUGAUCGAUUUAGCCUUAUCCAUGCAAAUUGCGGGCCUUCAAUAUCUUGGAUUUAGAAAUGAACAAGCUGCAUGUUAUGCUGCGCAAGCUUAUGGAUAUUUAACGAGAAAACCAGCAGUAGUUUUAUGCGUCUCUGGGCCAGGAUUACUUCAUGUUAUCGGCGGUAUGGCGAACGCUCAAAUAAAUUGCUGGCCACUUAUAGUAAUUGGUGGAUCUUGUGCUCAGGACCAUGAAGGUAUUGGAGGUUUUCAGGAAUGGCCACAGGUAGAAUCUAGUAAACCCUAUUGUAAAUAUGCUGUCAGACCGCCGUCUGCAAUAUUAAUACCGCUUCACGUGGAAAAAGCCGUUCGAAUCUCUAUUUAUGGUCGACCUGGUGUUGCGUAUUUAGAUUUACCAGCUACUAUCUUAAAUCAAUCAGUUGACGAAGAAAACAUAUAUAAAGUAGCGCAAUGUCCACCACCGCCUCUGAUAUUUCCCGAUUAUCGACUUAUUAAGCAAGCGGCUACUUUGCUCAUGCAAGCAAAAAAACCAUUGUUAAUUAUAGGAAAAGGAGCUGCCUAUGGAAGAGCAGAAAAUGAAAUUCGUAGUUUAGUAUAUUUAACCAAAAUUCCUUUUCUUCCUAUGCCAAUGGCUAAAGGUGUUGUUCCGGAUACCGAUGAACGAUGUAUUUCUAGCGCUAGAACAUAUGUAUUGCAACAAACCGAUGUCAUCUUGUUGUUAGGCGCUAGAUUAAAUUGGAUGUUACAUUUUGGCAAACCACCUCGCUUCCAGCCUGAUGUUAAAAUAAUACAAAUCGAUUUGUGUCCAGAAGAAUUACAUAAUUCUGUUUCUUCUGUAAUUGCAAUUCAGUCUGAUAUAUCUACAGCUAUAGAAAGUCUUGUUACUAUUUUGAAAGAACACAAAUGGUCUAUUACAGAAAACAAUCCAUGGUGGAAAGAUUUAUUAGCUAAAUCAAAUAAAAAUAAAAGAAUAAUACAGAAAAUGUCAAUGGAUACUUCAAUACCAUUAAAUUAUUAUGCUGUUUUUAGACAUAUUCAAGAUGUUCUUCCAUCUGAUUGUAUUAUUUGCUCAGAAGGAGCUAAUACUAUGGAUAUCGGAAAGAUGAUUUUAUUAAAUAAUAAGCCGCGACAUAGAUUAGAUGCUGCUACUUUUGGUACUAUGGGUGUUGGUUUGGGAUUUGGUAUAGCAGCUGCUCUUUAUUGUAAAAAUUAUGCUCCUACAAAGCGAGUUCUUUGUGUAGAAGGAGAUAGUGCAUUUGGAUUUUCUGGCAUGGAAAUUGAAACAAUGUUUAGAUAUAAAUUGCCUAUUAUUAUCAUUAUUAUAAAUAAUAAUGGUAUUUAUAGUGGUUUUGAUAAAGAAACAUUUAGACAAAUCCAAGCUUCAGGUGAAUCAACACAAGUAACACCACCAAAUUGUUUAACAUCAGAAACACAUUAUGAAAAAAUGUUAGAAAUGUUUGGUCGCAAAGGAUACUUUUGCACUACUGUACAAGAUAUACAACAAGCACUUAAGAUAUGUCUUCAGAUUACUGAUUCUCCUAGUUUGUUAAAUAUUAUGAUUAAUCCCCAGGCAGAUCGUAAAGAACAAAAAUUUACUUGGUUAACAGAAUCAAAACUUUAAAUUUCUUGAUUUUAAAAAUUUUAUAACAUGCAAUUAAUGGUGAAAAAUUAAAGGUAAAAAGAAAUGAAAAAAAUAUAAAUUUUACAUUUAUUUCUAUUGUUUGUAAAUAACAAAUGUAAAUAUAUAAAAUAUUUAUAAUGAAAAAUUAC